GGAAGCUCUUCAUUUUCACUUCCACUGAAUCGGAAGAAGCUCGAUCGUCUCGCGUUUCUCUGUCGCUCCUCUGGUGUUGUUUUGUUAUGUCAAAGCAUCCAUCUAAUGCAAAUGAACAAGAUAAACUUGGACCUGAUUACUUCAGUUACUUCAAAAGGGAAGUUCUAGAUUUGUUAUCUCAAGAGGAUAUUCUCCCUUCUCCACCCCAUAAUUCACAGUUAUCUCUGUCUUCGACCUCAUUUGGUGAUAGCAUAGGACCUAGGCUCUCUGAUUUUAAAAAGGAAAAACUGAAAGUAUUGCUGAGACAGAGUGCAGUUAUUCUGUCAAAAGAAGUAAAUGAGAUCCUCGGGCCUGCUCUAUCUAUCCAACACUUGAAGUCAUGUUUGAGAUCCAAAGCCAACUCAGAAAAUGUAGAAAAAUUAGCUAUAAAUGAUGUAGAGCAAGCUCCUUUUAAGAAACUCAAAUCCUUGCCCUAUUCAACUAGCCUAUCUGCGCAAGAGGAUUGUGCUAAUCUUGGAUCUAGCAGAGUGAUAGAUGAAGAAUUACAGUUCUUUCUUGAGAAUGAUAGCAAGCAGAUCGAAGAAAUAGUGACUGAACUUUCAAAUGAACUAUCUGGAACACUAGGGCACAUGGAGCAACAGCUUGAGGAAGUUCUUGAUUCUGUAAUAUCAAAUUGCAGGCCUAUGACCUUCAAGGAAAAGGAACAGCUUCAGAAACUCAUUCAGGAGCUUCCACCAGAAAAUUGUGGUCGUGUUGCAGAAAUUAUCCAACAUAGGACAGAUGAAACGAACUCCUCUGAUGAAAUCUAUGUUGAUUUGGAUAAAGAGAAUAACAUCACUCUCUGGCGAUUGUAUUACUACGUCGAAGCAGUUGAGAAAGCAAAGAACCUUGUAUCGGGAUGACCGUUCCACAAUUUUUAUGUUUUCGUAGGUCCAAAAACCAUUUUUGAAGGAAGACGAUGCCUUAUUUCUCUGGUUUUUAAGAAGUUCUGAAGGCUCUCAAUGUCCUUGUUAAAAAGUCCCUCUCUUUUUGUUUCUAGCCUUUUGUAGGUGGUUGGUGAGAUCUCUUAGUAGCUUGAAAUUUGGUGAUUUUGAGGCUAAAAAUCACAUUCUUUUUUCGAAUGAUUAAUUGAGAUUGUAAAUCAAUCAGGAUAUAGCUUAGUGCUUAAUACUCUUAUCAACCUUUAAGAGCUUCAAUAGAAAGUGUGACAUACUGCCGUAAAUUAUGCUUCAGUUUUGAUUUUCUUC